AUGAUCAGGAUCAAUGCCCUAAAAAAUUUACUAUCUCCUACUACGAUACCGUAUUAUAGGCAACCGUUACUGAUAACUAAGGGCAAAUUUCAGUACCUUUGGGAUGCAGAAGGCAGGAAAUUCCUGGAUAUGAUCGGCGGUAUUGUCACUGUUUCCGUUGGACAUUGCCACCCAAAAGUCACCGAUGCACUGAAACAACAACUGGAUAAACUAUGGCAUACAACAUGCAUCUAUUACACGGAACCGGUGAUUGAGUAUUCAAAAAUGCUAACAGAUACAAUGCCGAAUCAUUUGAAGACAUGUUUUUUUGUGAAUUCGGGUUCAGAGGCCAAUGAUCUCGCAUUAGCAUUGGCGAGAGUCCAUACCGGGCGUUUCGACCUUCUGGCAAUGCGAAACGGUUACCACGGCUUAACCCAAACCGUUCAAGGAGCAACCAAUAUGGGCAAUUAUAAGCAACCGAUGCCGGCUGGCUUUGGGAUCCUCAAGUCAAUUUUACCUGAUCCAUACAAAGGAGCAUGGGGAGGAUGUAACUGCCGUGAUUCGCCUGUACAACCAAAACGUCAGUGCAGCUGUAGCAGCAAUCACUGUGAAGCGUCUGUCAACUACCUGUCCGAGUUUGAAAAGACUCUUAAAUACGACUUUCCAGCUGCUACAGGACCAGCAGGUGUGCUAAUCGAAUCGAUUCAAGGUUGUGGUGGUACAGUACAGUAUCCAAAAGGUUUUGUAAAAGGUGCUUUUGACGCUGUUCACGCUAAAGGCGGUGUUUGCAUCAGUGAUGAAGUACAAACUGGUUUUGGCAGAGUCGGAUCGCACUUCUGGGGAUUCCAGUCUCAUGGAACUAAUCCGGAUAUUGUUACAAUGGCAAAGGGUAUGGGCAAUGGCUUUCCGAUGGGAGCAGUUGUCACUACUCCAGAAAUCGCCAACAGCUUCACCAAAGCAUCUUAUUUCAACACAUUUGGUGGAAACCCCAUGGCUGCAACAGUUGGGAAAGCUGUACUUGAGGUAAUCAAGGAAGAAAAACUGCAAGAAAACUGUGCACGAGUUGGCACUUACUUCUUGGAAGAACUAAGCAAAAUUAACAGUCCUUUGAUUGGCGACGUCAGAGGGAAAGGAUUAAUGAUUGGUGUGGAGUUCGUUGACGAAGAAGGUAACUCAUUGGACAAGGAGAGGAUGGGAGAUCUAUUUGAAGAGACAAAGAAUCAGGGAGUUCUUUUCGGCAAAGGCGGUAUUGACGGGAACGUUCUACGGGUGAAACCUCCAAUGUGCGUCAACAAGCAGGAUGCCGACCAUGCUGUAGACGCACUCCAGAAGGCAGUGAAUAAAGUUAGGAAAUAA